AUGACGGCACCGCAUAGCCGUCCAUCAAAUAAUCCAAUGCUUAUAUGGUUGGAAGCGUUGGAAAAGGAUUUCGAUAAAGCAUUUGUUGGUUUGGAUAUUCUUUUGGGAGAAAUCGACUCGGAUCAAGCUGAAAUCACAUUUGAGAGUCGACAAAAAAUGACUUUAUUAAGCAGCGCCUUUGCACAACUCGUACAUAAAGUUCAGACAAUUUUCCAUUGUAAUUCCAGAUUAGAGGCCGAAAUAGCACAACUCAGGAAUGAAUUAUGUACUUCUAAAGCUGCCGAAUUUGAACUGGAAAGGGAAUCACAACAAUUAAUGCUGCAGGUCCACAGCUUGCAGUGUCAAGUCUAUUCAAAAACAGCGCCACACGAAUCAGAUAUGAUAAAGAAGAAACUGGAACAAGAAAUAGCGGAUUUUCGAGCAGAAAUUCGUCCUCCAGCGAAAUUGCAAUCUGAAACUGAUAUUCUUCGAAAAGAAAAUGAACAAUAUCGACAAAUGAUACUUGCGAUACAAAGCGAAGUUUAUGGUGCAAGAUUAGCAGCGAAAUACCUCGAUAAAGAAUUAGCUGGAAGGAUUCAGCAAAUUCAACUUCUUGGAAGAGAUAUGCGUGGAGCAGAACACGAUCAUCUAUGGAAUCAGUUAGAAGCUGAAAUACAUCUUCAUCGUCACAAAACAAUUAUUCGAGCGUGCAGAGGAAGAGGAAAUUCCAAGCAUCUUCUAUCUCCGCCUCACCACGAUUAUGCAAGCCUAAGGAAAUACAAAGGUGUAGGGCAAGUACGAAAGAUUAAACUCAUUAAGGAACAACAUGAAGGGCUUGGAAUCUCAAUAACGGGUGGAAAAGAGCAUGGAGUUCCAAUUUUGAUAUCUGAGAUUCAUCCAGGUCAACCUGCUGAACGUUGCGGGAAUUUGUUUGUUGGCGAUGCCAUCCUUUCCGUAAAUGGGAUCGACCUUCGUUCUGCGAAGCAUAUUGAAGCUGUACAAAUUCUCUCAAAGCAGGACCAUGAAUUAAAUAUGGAAGUAGUAUUCGUCGCACCCGAUCAAGAUAGCGAUGAUGAAGCUGAAGUUUUCGUUGAAACACAAGAUGGAUCUGUCGCUGCUGGCGAAUACCUAAAUAUUUGUCGCCAAGUUCCAUGCGAAAAUUCCUCGCCAUACCAACAGCCUAGAACAGCCCAGCGGAACCCAGUGGCUAAUAACGUUUUUUUCUAUUUUUUAUGA